AUGCAGGACUUGAACAACUUCGUCGUCGGCUGGAUUGACUGGAAUCUGUGUCUCGACCCUGAAGGUGGUCCAAACGGGGCCGAUAAUUUCGUUGACUCCCCCAUCUUAGUGUACGGUGACAAAGAUCAAUUUACCAAACAGCCAAUGUUCUAUGCCAUGGGACACUUCUCCAAGUUCAUAUACAGAGGCUCAAGACGGAUUCAGGUAUCGCCUGAUAUUUCUUGUCGAAGUCGGGAUGUCGGAAUCCCGGGUCGUUCGAUCGUUUGCGUUUGCGAUGCUAACUAUUGCGAUACAAUAACUAGAGAUAAACCAAAUCCGGAAACAUACGUGGCAUACACUAGUACCAAUGACGGACUUCGUUUCUCUAAAAGUCAGGGUCAAGUUACGCACGAUGAACAAUUUGAUGCUUCGAUCACUGAAAAACACGAGAGUUUGCCUAAAGGAUUCGAUUUCUUCACGAGUGGUGUUGUUUUAAGAGUGGACAGCACUAUAAAGUUUCAAACGAUAGAAGGAUUCGGUGGAGCGGUAACCGAUGCUGCGUCUUUGAACUGGAGGAAGCUUCCACCGGCCGCACAGGAAAAACUAAUCGAAACCUACUUCGGUCCAAAUGGCUUGGAAUAUAAUAUGAUGCGAGUACCAAUCGGCGGAUCUGACUUUUCAACCCACCCGUACACUUACAAUGAACAACCUUGGAACGAUACUGAACUCUCGAAUUUCUCCCUAACGAAUGAGGAUAUUUCUUUCAAGAUACCAAUGAUUCAGAAUUGUAUAAAGGCAGCGACUAGUGAGAUACAUAUAACCGCUACAACGUGGUCGCCUCCGGUUUGGAUGAAAACAAACGAAAAAAUAUCUGGCUAUGGACAGCUCAAAACCGAAUAUUACCAGAUUUACGCAGAUUAUCAUUUGCGAUUCUUGGAAGAAUAUAAGAAACACGACAUCGAUAUAUGGGCCAUCACUACAACUAAUGAACCAGUCAAUGGUAUCAUACCGGUGGUUACGUUCAAUUCUAUGGGAUGGAUUCCUUCGCAAUUAGGUCGUUGGAUAGAAAACAACCUCGGCCCUACAAUAAGGAAGUCGGUUUUCAAUAGAACAUUAAUUCUUGGUGUUGACGACCAGAGGCUGAUGCUGACUGCUUACAUGCUAGGAAUGGAGAAAGCCGCACCAAACUCUAUCAAUUAUUUAGAUGGUAUAGCAGUACAUUAUUAUGAAGAUUUUGUGACACCUGGAAUUCUUACAAAUCUACACAAACGUUAUCCAACGAAAAUUAUAGUUGCCACAGAAGCAUGCGAAGGUGCGUAUCCUUGGGAAACCUCUAAAGUUAAGAUCGGAUCUUGGGACAGAGCACAGAACUAUGUCAAAGACAUUAUAGAGGACUUAAACAACUACGUAGUGGGUUGGAUCGAUUGGAACCUCUGUUUGGAUCCCAACGGCGGCCCAAACUGGGCUAGCAACUUCGUAGACUCCCCAAUAAUUGUAUAUGAAGAUAAAGGAGAAUUCGUGAAGCAACCAAUGUAUUAUGCAUUGGGGCAUUUUUCCAAAUUUAUUCCAAGAGGCUCAACGCGCCUCCAAGUAACAACGCUUAGUACAGAAGGCAUAGAGAACGUUGCAGUUAUAACGCCGAAGGGGAAUGUUGUGGUUGUUAUGCAAAACAGGAAGCAACAUACAGUACCUGUGAAGAUAUAUGUGAGCAGUAGAAAAGCUAUAAACAUUAAUAUGGAACCUGAAUCAAUAAAAACUGUAGAAAUUAAUUCUGUCUCAUGAAACAUGCACAGAAAUUAAAUCACUUUUUUUGUGAUGAACUUUAGAGCUUCAGAAUUAUUUUAUAACAAUUACAUAUUUACCUAGUUUA